AUGGCUUGCUUCACGUCAUGGCUGGCGACUCUGAUUGGCGUGCUCUACGUCAGCAUUGUUGUUGGAGUUCGUCCGGGUUCAGGCUUGAAUGCAACGGAAAACGCCAGCGGCCAAGCAGAGCGCACAACAGACUGUUGUUGCUACAAUCCCCCACGCGACAAGACCUUCAAGAACUAUGGCAGCCUCAAUGGUGACAACUGUCCCCUCUAUAAGCAUGGCUACCGUGCAUGCUUAAAGGGAAGCAACAACGGUCAGCCUUGUAGUGGCGGGUACAAGGACAAGAACGACUUGUUCUGCGACACUUACUCGGUGAUGGACUGCUUCAGCAAGUUGGUCCGCGGCAUUGCCUACAUCCCCUCAAGCAACAACAACAAUGGCUGGAAAUGGUGA